AUGGCUGUGGAUAAGAAGAUCCAGCUCGUUCGCAUCGCCUUCGCGGCAUACAAGCACAAGAACAUCGACGCCGCCCGAGCUUUCUACGAAGACUUCGGCCUCGCCGAGACCGCCCGCGUCGGGAACCGCACCUACUACCGCGGCUACGGCUCCGAGCCCGUCACCAUUGUCGCCGAGGAGGGCGAUGAGGACGAGUUCCUCGGCCCCGCCUUCGUUGUCGAGUCGCUGGACGAUCUCGAGCAUGCGUCCAAGACCCUUCCUCAAGCCACCGAGAUCUACGAGCUGAAGGAUGCCCCGGGCGGUGGCAAGUGUGUGACGUUCCGCGACCCCGUCGAUAACUGGCAGUUCCAUCUUGUCUACGGACAGACGCCCGCCGAAGCUCAGCCUCCGGACUUCCCUGACCUCAAGGUCAACUAUCCUCUAGUCAAAAACCGAGGCGUCAACGAGAAGCAACGAUUCAAGAAGCGACCCGCCCCCGUUCACAAGAUCGGCCACUUUGGCGUGUGCGUGACAGACUUUGCCAAGGCCUACGAGUUUUAUACCACCCACUUCAACUUUUUCCCCAGUGAGCUCGUCUACGCCCCCAACGGCAAGGACAUCACCGUCUUCUACCGCCUCAACCGCGGCAAGGAGCUCGUCGACCACCACGUCUUCUUCUUCUUCGAGGGCCCCAAGUACCACGUCCAUCACUCGUCCUUCGAGACACACGAUUUCGACGCCCAGGUCCUCGGCCACGACUGGCUCCGGCACAAGGGAUACAAGAACUGCUGGGGCGUGGGCCGGCAUAUCAUGGGUAGCCAGAUCUUUGACUACUGGUUCGAUCCUUCGGGGUUCAUUAUGGAGCAUUAUGUUGAUGGUGAUUUGCUGGAUGAUACCGAGCCUACUCAUAGGAACCCGGCGGCUCCUGAUAACCUACACGUUUGGGGACCCGAUUUGCCUCCGGACUUCUUGAAAUAA